UUUGUGAUUAUGAUAAACGGGGAAUAUGAAUGAGCAAAAAAACUGUUGUGAUUAAGUUUUUGCGUCAGUGCUUAAAUGGAGGCCCUAGGAACGAAACCUUCGGAUCAACAAAUUCAAACGUUAACAGCGAAUGGAAACACUAUACAAUACGUAACUGAUGGUGACCCCGAGCAGGCGGCGGUCGCAGUUCUGCAAGCUGUUUUUGGAAACUCUACUUCUCUUAUUUCAAAUUCCAAAAAUGAAAGCAAUAUGCAAGUUACUGGAAGCGAAUCUAGCGUCCUAAAGUUUCCAAGUCCGAUCUCAAAUGGUAAAUAUGGUCACCACGGGUCUAGUUUCUACGAGGAGAUAGUUUCCAGUGAUGCAGUAACUAGUAGUCUUACUUCUUCGAAUAUAAGUCAUGUUACUAGUUUAGCUACAACGGAAUCGUCAGGUGUUCCGACGCAAAUUGUUGCUCAAAGUGGCAAUACAUUUCUCGUGCAAAGUAAUAAUAUUGAUUCAGAAGCGGCACCGAUAACUCACACCACACGUGCAUCUCCUAUCACGGUGCAGUGGUUGUUGGAUAACUAUGAAACAGCCGAAGGGGUAAGUUUGCCGAGAUGUGCUCUUUACUACCAUUACUUGAAACAUUGCAAGGAAAAUGAGCUAGAACCGGUGAAUGCCGCUUCAUUCGGAAAACUCAUUCGAUCAGUUUUUCUGGGAUUGAAGACUAGAAGACUGGGAACUCGUGGAAAUUCGAAGUAUCACUAUUAUGGCAUCAGAAUCAAGCCUGGAUCACCGCUGAAUAAUGUGCCUCUAGACUUUUUGUAUCAACCAACUCAUUCGAAGAUAGGCCAAUCUAGCGAUACGCGAGUAAAUUUAACAGCGAAUAGAGAGCAGCUAUCCCGUACUUAUGCAGCUGAGGAUAAAAGAAUGCAGACUGGAGGCGAUGCAUUGUCAAAAAAUAGCAUCACCGCUGGAAAGGGAGCAGCGAACAGGGAACCAAAUCAUUCGAGGGUUGAAAUUGGCUCUUCUGUAAAUGGUAGCGCGGAGAAAGCUGAUGCGGCUAGAAGUUCAAAUGUUGCUACGGUUGCUGGUUCAGCCGGAUCUUUUAGUGGAGAUCAACUGUCUCGCUCUGCUGGAGAAAGCGACAAGUUACCCAGUGCUUCGACUCCAUCAGCGGGUCUGAUGAAGCAAUACAGGCAGUACUUGGGCGAAAUGUCAUUCCCGGGAAGCAAUACAGCAGAUAAUCUUCCUUUUGCAGAUUUCGACGAUUCUUGUCUCCCAGAAGGUGUUUUGUCUGCAGAUCUGAGCCUUUUUCAAAAUCUCUACAUAUCACAUUGCGAGGCCAUAAAAAGAGCGGUAAGCGAAAUGCUCCUGGGGGAAGUUGAAAGCUACUGGAUGAGUUUUUGGAAGCGCGUGUCCACUGCCAAGAGUGUAGUGUCGGUGAAUAGUGGCAAAGUGGAGGAUGGUCCGUGGGAUGUUUCAUGGCGGCAUGAAGGCACUUUCAGUAACUCGGCAUCGGCUUUGGACGCGAAUGGUCUUGACCUGAGGCUAAGCAAACCGAAGCUGAUUAAUUUGUCUAAAUGUGAAGUCGUGUGGGAUUUUGUGAAGAGAGCGGAUGAACUGCUCUACCAGACUCUGGUUGACUUUCUGGUAGUCAAUGUUCUCAGGCCCAUUCCGUCACCACUAACACAAGCUAUUCGCAACUUCGCUAAAAACCUCGAGGCUAAAAUGAAGGAAGCUCUUGGCUCUGAUUAUUGCGUGGGCCUUAUAGACGCUAAGUUAUCGCGCCUUAAUGCCUUUUCUCAAAUGCUGCGACGAUACACGUCUCUCAAUCAUUUGGCACAGGCUGCCAGGGCUGUUUUGCAGAAUUCGGCACAAAUCACACAGAUGCUUGCUGAUCUGAAUCGAGUAGACUUUCAGAAUGUUCAGGAUCAAGCGCGCUGGGUGUGUGAUUGCGACGAGGCUCUCAUCGGAGAAAUUGAGAGCGAUUUCAAGCAGUCGCUUCAAAUGGAGAGGACGCUUGAACAGUGGGCCAGGUGGCUGGAAGGCGUAGUAGAGAAAGUGCUACACGAGAGCAGAAGCGACUGUAAUGUCGGAGAACAGCAGCACCGAAACACGGUCACACGACAGCGCAUUCCCGAAGAAGUUGUCCGCUUCACUAAUAAAGCAAGACGCUUUCUUCUGCACUGGUCGUUCUACAGCUCAAUGGUGAUUCGGGACCUGACUCUGAGAAGUGCGGCAUCAUUCGGCUCCUUUCACCUCAUCCGACUAUUGUAUGACGAGUAUAUGUUCUACUUAGUGGAGCACAAGGUCGCGAAAGUGCAGGGCAAAACAGCAAUUGCAGUCAUUGCACAGAGCAAGGACAACAAAGCUGCUUCUGCGACUGGUCAACGGAUUUCGUCUAUUAUCAAUGACAAUGCCUUCUCUGAAUCUGAAGUUGGAAAGGAUAAUGAUGAUGCUAGGUUCUCUGAAGGUGUGUUGGAUGCGUCAAGGUUGUCAAACAUGAACAGAUCUUUCAAUGUUUCGGCAUCAAAUCACCAGUACUCAAGCGCAUCAUUUGAUCAUGAUGGGCACUUGAAAGGCUCAGUUGGUUCACUAAGCGCAAGCGAGGCUACUGGACAAGGGCUUGAUUUGAUGGGAGAUGAUUACUCAAUGGCUUCGUCACUACUGUCUGCACGAACAGAUGUAUUCUAUCAACGGCAGCAAGCUGCCCCUAUCAAAUCUGAGAUGAAAAGUUCAAUCGAAAGAACCGAUAAAUCAAGCGUGCAUGGCCAGACUGCUCGUUCUAUACCCUCUCAUUCACUUCUCCAAUCCAACAUCACGGUGACGGGCGCCUUUGGACAAAGUCUGGGUGGCACUUCCGGGACUAUGAGCAGGGAUUCCAAUGCUAUGCUGGGAUCCAGUUUCACACGAGUGAUACAGCACAACCCAAUGCAGUACCAGAACUCUUCGCUCCUGCAGUCGGCGGGUGCCGGAGGGUCGAAUAAUGUUCUGAUGUCGUCUACAGUUUACGAGCAUGAUAGCAGUGAUCUGAAUGAGGAAUUCGAGGACUGUGAGUCCGAUACGGAAGAUACCAUUGAUAUGACGAGGGCUGAGAUGAGUCUGGCACAACAUCAUUUCCACGACGCAAUCCAGGGCGAUGUGCAAUACUUGCUAGAUCAUUCCAAUAGCGACUCAAUGUUGAACUACGACAUGACGUCGCUUUCUGGGGUAUCCAUGGCCAUGACACACAGCCCGCCCACUUUAACGACAAGCAACACUCACGAGGGGGGAUUCGAAGGAGUCGGGGGCGACGAAUUGGUAGAUGUGAAACCAACAGGAUCUGUUCUCUUUGGGAACUGAUGAUGACAGCUGUGAUCUACUAACAAUCAAAAGCUGCGUACUGCAAUCGAAUGCUAAUGAUGGACUCUACAGUAUCUGUCCCGGCUUUGUUCAUCAGGCAGCAGUCGAACAAGUAGACUCGAUAGAAUCAGUUCAUAAUCCCUUUUAUGUCUGCGUGUCUUGUGAAGAAACAAUUCGUACAGCGAUUUCCCUUUCAAAUUUUACAAAUUAUAUCAGAAAUAACUCGCAAUCGCAGCCAAAAAAAUACUAACAUAUCAAUUUUAGUAUCUUUUUGAAAUUUUUAAAAUAAACUUGAACUUAAUAUUAGAAUGUUAGUCAUUGUUUCAUCCCUUUGUAGUUGUAUAUAUAAUAUAUAAAUGAA